AUGGCCUCAUCAUCGCAGCCGGGUCCAUUAAAGCGAGGCGACUACUCGCCCUCUAAGUCCAGCGACCUUCGCAGCCCAUGUCCGCUGGUCAAUAGCCUCGCGAAUCAUGGCUACAUACCGCGUGAUGGGCGCAACGUUCUGGCCGCCGAGUUGAGCGGUGCCGUAAACGAGGUGGGCAUCAGCAAGGCCUUGGGCGCCGCCCUAUCUCGGCCUAUCUUCCUCGAGUACGUUGAGCGUGCAAGCAUUGCCAAAGAAGACGCGAAUGGCAAGAAAGGCUCCUUCCUAGCACAUCUCUGGACCUUCCUCCGGAAUCCCCGUGCUGCGCUGGCCAAGGCCUUUGGUAUGCGCAAGCCUGGCCAAUUCGACUCGACCGGCAAGCCAUGUUUGAACCUGGACCAAUUGGCGGCGCAUGGGGUGGUGGAGCAUGAUGUAUCGUUUUCCAGGCGAGAUAUUGGCCAAGGGGACAACCUGUCCAAGCAAGCAGAUCUUGUACAACAGAUUAUCGCGGCCUCUUCGGACGGCAAGACCAUCACAGCCGAGGAUUUUGCAGGGUUGCGGCGGAGGAGGAUUGAGGAGCAGAAGAAAGCGAAUCCGAGUCUGACAUACGGAGCAAGCCAACAUCAACUAGCGUGUGGAGAGAUUGCGCUCAUUCUGAAGGUCUUUGGUGACGGAAAGAAAGUACCGUGUGACUACAUGAAGGCCUUCUUCGAGGAGGAGCGAUUGCCACGGGAGGAAGGGUGGACGAAGAGGUGGUGGAGUGUUGGCUUCUUCGAUCUGAUCCCUUUGGCUGCGAAGGUGAAGAAGAUUAUCGUUGGGCAUUUCUAG